UUGAGGGGAGUUGAAAUCAACGGUAAGUCAUUUGGCGGGAGUAGAGUGGAGAUUGUACGGUUUAUCCGAGUUUCAUACUUGUGUACAGUGCGUGAAAUGCUAUCUUAAUUUUCAGAGUUUGACAUGGCACAGCAACAAACUUACGAAGAGUACAUUUUGGCCGAAGAGCAGAGAGACGGAGUGCGCAUGACAUGGAAUGUAUGGCCCACGAACAGACUGGAAGCCACUCGAAAUGUCGUGCCCAUUAGUGUCCUACACACCCCCCUCAAAAGCCGACCGGACUUACCCGAACUAAAGUACGAUCCGAUCAUUUGUGCACGACCGACAUGCAGAGCGAUUCUGAACCCUUUCUGCCAAAUCGACUACGAUUCGAAAGUGUGGGCUUGUAACUUCUGCUUUCAACGUAACUCGUUCCCGCCGCAGUAUGCGAUGAUUUCACGUGAGAAUCAACCGGCCGAGAUCAUCCCCCAAUUUACGACUAUAGAGUACACGUUGCCCAGAGCGCAGGUGUUGCCGCCUAUUUUCCUGUACGUCGUGGACACGUGCCUGGAUGAAGACGAAAUGAAUAGUCUGAAAGAGUCACUUCAAGUGUCAAUCGGACUUUUGCCGACCAAUGCGCUUGUAGGUUUUAUCACUUACGGCAAAAUGGUGCAUGUUCACGAUCUUUGUUGCACGGAACUGUCGAAGAGUUUCGUGUUUCGAGGAACUAAGACCUACACAACCAAACAGCUGCAGGAGAUGUUAGGGAUUGGACAGGCGUCCCAAGGUGGUAUGAUGCCUCACGCGACACCUGGGCAGCGAGCCCCGGUUCCUCCCCAGUUUCAACCGGGAGGUGCCAGACCUGCGCAAAAUAACCCAGCUGGGAACGCACCAGCUAUUCCGUCGAAUCCUUUUAUCCAGCCGAUUGAGAAAUGUGACCUGGCUUUGGAUGAUUUUGUGAGGGAUAUCCAGAAAGAUUCAUGGCCAGUUCCGACUGGAAAGCGAGCUUUGCGAUCGACUGGCGCCGCGAUGGCUAUUGCGGUGAGCCUGCUGGAAAUGUCGUUCCCAAAUACUGGCGCAAGAAUUAUGCUGUUUACCGGUGGACCAUGCACCCAAGGACCGGGUAUAGUCAUUGACGAUGAUCUAAAACAUACAAUCAGAUCACAUAACGAUAUUAUGAAGGAUGACGCGAAAUACUUGAAGAAAAGUACGAAAUUCUUUGACCAACUCGCAAGGCAAGCUUGUCAUAACGGGCAUGUGAUUGACUAUUUUUCGGCCGCACUGGAUCAAACUGGGUUGCUGGAAAUGUCAACCUGUUUCCGUCUAACAGGAGGCGUGGUUGUCCAGGGGGACUCAUUUGGAACUCAAUUAUUCCACUCGACGUUCAAGAAGUUCUUGACAAAACCAGAAAACGAGGACUCGAAAUUGGCUUUCGGAGCAACCUGUGAGGUCCGCAUGUCUAAAGAGCUGAAAAUUGCAGGAUGUGUUGGAAAUUGUAUCUCGAUGGAAAUCAAAAGCCCGUCGAUUGCUGAAACUGAUAUAGGGGAAUCGGGAACGGUUCAGUGGAAAAUAUGCGGUAUAACUCCGACUUCGACCUUCGGUUAUUUCUUCGACGUUGCCUCGCAACAAACGAACCAACCUAUGCCGCCGGGUGGUAGAGGCUACAUUCAGUUCGUGACUCAGUAUCAACACUUAUCGUCCUCGCGACGUAUUAGAGUCACUACUAUUUGUCGUCCCUGGGCCGAAGUGCAAACGAACUUGCAAUACAUUGCAGCCGGGUUCGACCAGGAAGCGGCAGCUGUUGUUAUGGCCCGCUUGGCGGUCCACCGAGCCGAGACAGAAGAAAUACCAGACGUGCUUCGCUGGUUAGACCGACAGCUCAUCAAACUGUGUCAAAAGUUCGGAAACUACUCAAAGGAAGACCCGAAUUCGUUUACGUUGCCCGCGAACUUCAGCUUGUAUCCGCAAUUUAUGUUCCACUUAAGACGGUCCCAGUUCCUGCAGAUUUUUGGGUUCUCGCCCGAUGAGACAGUCUUCUACAAACAUUGUUUGUAUGCUGAAGAAACUGGACAAAGUGUAAUGAUGAUUCAGCCGUUGUUGUACGCGUACAGUUUCCAAGGACCAGAGCCAGUUUUACUGGAUAGUACGAGCAUAAAACCGGAUCGAAUCUUGCUCAUGGAUACGUUUUUCCAGGUGGUCAUUUACCACGGAGAGACUAUUUCUAAAUGGGUACAGUUUGGAUAUCAAAACAUGCCUGAGUAUGCAAAUUUGCGACAGUUGUUACAGGCGCCUGUUGAUGAUGCGCAUGAGAUUAUAGCAAACAGGUUCCCGUUGCCGAGGUUCGUCCAGACGGAACACGAGGGAUCCCAGGCGCGAUUCCUCAUGAGUCGCGUGAACCCCUCGCAGACUCACAAUAAUUACUUGACAACCAGUGGCGAGUCUUCAAUGCCGAUUUUGACGGAUGAUGUCAGCUUCCAAGUGUUUUUCGACCACUUGAAGAAAUUAGCAGUCGCUGCUCAGAACUGAAGACUGAAAUGUACGAAACUGUUUUCUUGAUCUUUUUUCCCUGGCCCUUUCGACGAUGUUUCUUGACUUAAUCAAGAUUUUGCAAUAAUUGUCUUCGAGUGGUUAUUUUUAUGUGAAGUUUGUCAAGCUUUCAGAAAAGAUUUUUCGAUUUGCAUUUGAUAGCAUUGAAAAUUUAAAAAAGAUUCAAGAUAGCAUUGAGAGUUUUUAAAAGAUUCAAGAUAGCAUUGACAAUUGUAAAAAGAUACGGAAAACAGCUAAGUACAUGUGUAAUAAAGUUCAGUAGGAUUGCAAUGUCAACGUGUCCUAUAUCAUUUUGGCGAAUAUAUAUUAUAAAUUGUAAAGGUUAUGAUACUAAAUAAUAUGCUUCAUAAAUUUCAUCAAUUUAUCAAAUUAAUUGCGAUAUUGUAAAAGAAUAUUGCCGUUGUUUUAGAGUUUCUCAAUUUGUGUAGAAAUGUGGUUUAUGUAAAUUCCGAGUUUUCUGGAGUAUUAUCGGAGAAAUGGGUAUCAAUUUGAAUUUUGCGUAACACUU